GAUCUGAUAACACUUCCGCGGCCGACUCGCCGCCGGACAAGACAGAAAGACGAAGACACAGUUUCCCGGCGCGGUUGAGGAUUUCCCCUUACCUGUGGAAUCCGGUUUUGAGCGGCAUGAUAACAUUCCUGCUGCAGCUCUUCCAGGUCGAGUACUUACUGCAUACCUACCCUCUUGCCUUCCAGAGAGCAUUUUGGGUGAACAAGUGUCAUCUUGGUUACCAUCGUGAUGAUCACAAGGGAGACUACAGCGAGUCUGUACUAUGAUGUUGUUCUCGGUCCCAGUGGCGGUCUCGUCGACUUCUAUCCGUUACAAUGACGCUCUCGACAUUCUCAACUUUCUCACGACACAAUCAUUGUUGAUCACCAUGCCUACUACCCCUAUCGCCAAUCCCAACGCAGCUAUCGCCACUUCCGAUUCUUCAACCACAAUGUCCGACUCUCUCGCACCCAUUACCCAGCUCGCUGCCACCAUGCCCCAAAUAGCUGGAAACUCCUUUGGCAACAGAGCUGGAAAUCCUCCUUCUUGCCCCGUGGACCACCCCCCAAUGGAGCGCAUGUCGAACGAGAUUUUAACCAAGAUCUGUGAUAUGGCCGUGACUGAGGAGAAAAGGGCUUGUGGCGCUCGAGCUCUAGCACUAACAUCCAAGACCAUGCAGCCCUCAGCACGACGGGCAAUGUACAACUCCAUUGUGCUCGGGGAUUACAAAAAGAGCAUUUUGCUUCUAAGGAGCCUGCUGCAGUUCCCACACAAUCGGGAGCUUGUUCGGCAUCUAGAGGUGCGCCCCCCAGUCAAAAUACCGCAUCCCGAUGGCCCUGAGCAACCCCGUUUCGUCGACAUGUCCAAGGUUCUCGACACCAUCUACAGGGGCGAGAGAUGCAACCCACAACUUCCUCCCGCACUCUUGGACGAUCUCAAAGAGGAACUUGACCCGUUUCCUACGGAGACAGAGUGGUCUUUUGGGGAAUACCCGCAGGGCGGCUACAACACGGUCACCCGAGCCAUCAUAUUUCUUUGCCAGAACAUACAGUCCUUCAAAGUCCAGAUUAUGGGCGAGUGGUCUGGUUCCUCCUGUUACUACACCAGAACCCAGCCCAGAUUUCUGCUUGCCUGGGCCCGGCGCCGGCAUCCCGCGAUAGCCUUCAACCAUCUACGCAUCCUUGAUCUGGAUGUAGCCUCCAUCGCUUGUUUCUCCAGGACGCCUAAAUUUCUCGGGGACAAAAGCAUGUGCGCGUGCAGAGUAACUUGCCCCCCGACGGUAGAGGAUCUGACUCUUCGUCACGAGGAUGCUAGCCUCAGCAGAAACUUCCUUCCACCAGAUCACUUCAACGAUAGCUUCGAUAGCGAAGAUUACGAGGAUGAUGACGAUGACGACGAUGACCAACACAGCCUCCUACCAAACAUUGCUUCUUGCCUCGACGGCCUCCUUUACUUCCUCAUGCCCUGUUCCGCGUCUCUCCGCAAGCUCCGCCUCCUGGGAGGCUUCGACCAUUCCGGUCUCAUGGAGCCCAGCCGUUUGUUUACUGCCCAAGCCGUGUGCGAAAAUAACUGGAACACCAUUCUCCCGCACUUCCAGCAGCUCGUCCACCUCGAGUUUUCCGGCUACGGUAACCCGUGUCCGCCAGACGACGGGCACAGGAACACAUGGCCCGAUAAUGUAUAUCGCUACGGCACCGACAAGACUAUUAGCUGCCUCGGUCAACUCCCAAAACUCCGGUACUUGAAGCUUCCACUGGUGGAUCUGUUCCCGCUAUCGCCAGCAGCCUUUCCGGAUACGGCGAAGGGACUAAGGGAGUUAGUACGUGAAGAACUACCAGGGGAGCUGGACCCGGAUGAUGUAUUGUAUGACCCAUACGUACCACUGUUCCAUUGCCGUGCCUUUAAGAGGACAAUGAUCCAGUCUAUGAAAGGAUUAGCUGGACCGCUGGGUACAGGAAAAGGGACCCACCAUAACGUCGGGGAAAAGCUGCGACAGGCGGCCGGGGGAAAGGAAAUCCCGAGGAAUUUGGAAAAGGUAGAGGUGUAUUACUUCGUGAAGGAUGCUGACAAGAAAAAGGACCCAAGAGAGCGGUGGGCCAAGAGUAGCCAGUACGUCUCUCUGGAUCGUGCGGAAAUUGAGGCGCAUGAGGCACGUAUGGCGGAAGAGGCCGGGUGGUUUCCAACGAAGGUGAAGACAUUCACGUGGACGAGGGGCUACUGAAAGUUCGAGGAGGAGGCACAUCACUACCUAGGUACCGGCACACUGUGUGGCAAGUCUGGGUUUCAUAUCUCUUAGACAUUGGACAUACGGCAGAAAGAUCACAAUCAUCACAUGGGAUUUGAACAGGAAAAAAUGGCAUGUAUCAUCUGUUUUAUACGUCUACUAUAUUCGAAACUUCAUUUUAUCCAACAGCAAGGCUUUCCAUCAUCCACA